AUUUGUGUGUGGUGUGUUCUGGAGUUUGGGAAUGUGUUCUGUGUUAUUUUUGUUUGAGCAGGUAUUUUGAUGAUAGAUCUUGAGAAUAUAUUUCCGACGCAACAAGAAUCGCUUCAAUCGGAGCAAGAACGCGAAAGCUAUGAAGAUUCAAAGUUCAUGAGCUUGCGUUACAAUUGCGGCGGUUACAAAGUGAAGUUGUGGGGUGACUCUAUAUGGAGUUGGGACCUUUGGGGUUGGGGAAAUUUGUCACUCUACUGUAACAGGUGCAAAUUGAAGAGCAAGGCCGAAGUGACCUUUGGACCAACCAGCUGCCGUGCUAAGCUUGGGAAGAAGGUGCUGUGGAGUCUGGAAGAGGAGACCAGCUGCAUCAAGGACCUGUGGCAGCUGCCCAUCAUCCCAUGGAAUGGGAAGACUCCAACAGCAGCAACGGCAGCAGCGGCAAAGGCAACAGCAGGAAGAGAUGCAACUGCACCAACUGAUGGGGUCCUGGAAGCAGUCAAGAAAGUGCAGCAGCAGCAGACACAUGGCGAGGUGCUUGCUGGUGUGGAUGCGAGUGCGGCAUGGGCUAAGGCUUCAUCAAGGAGUGGAGAGGCCGAUUGGGAGACAUGGCAUGAGAGGCUGUGUCAUGUGAACUUCCCUAUGCUGCAGAAGUUGGUGAAGAAUGGGAGCCUGAAGGGCUUGGAGGUGAAAGGGGAAGUGAAGGAGAUUGGGAGCUGCCCUACAUGCUUGGAGACCAAGUUCUCCAAGUUCCCCUUCAACAGCACUACAGGACCAGCCAAGACCCCACUUGCACUUGUGCACAUGGAUGUGGUGGGGCCCACAAGAGCGCCUUCCCUCUCAGGCAGCCGCUAUUUCUUGACAAUUGUGGAUGACCACACUCGGGCAGUGUGGGUUUACCCUUUGAAGAGCAAGGGGGAGGAGAAAAGGGGGAAGUUGGAGGCUUCUGGAAGAUGGGGUGUGCACUUGGGGAUUGCAAAGGAUCACAAGGGGUGGCUGCUAUGGGACUUGACCACCCAGAAGUUGACACUGUCAAGGGAUGUGAAGUUUCUUGAGUCCCUGUACUACAAGGAAUGGAAGCAGCAGCAACAGAAGCUUCCAUCUACACCGCUCAUUGUGGAGGCAGAUGAGCCAGAGGGGGAGAUUGUUGUGUGAUGUCAUCAUAUGCUAUCACAUUCUGUCUGCCUCCCAUCCCAUGUUUUCAACUUGCAUGUGUGGUUUGAAUGUGAAAGAAUUUGUGUGUGGUGUGUUCUGGAGUUUGGGAAUGUGUUCUGUGUUAUUUUUGUUUGAGCAGGUAUUUUGAUGAUAGAUCUUGAGAAUAUAUUUCCGACGCAACAAGAAUCGCUUCAAUCGGAGCAAGAACGCGAAAGCUAUGAAGAUUCAAAGUUCAUGAGCUUGCGUUACAAUUGCGGCGGUUACAAAGUGAAGUUGUGGGGUGACUCUAUAUGGAGUUGGGACCUUUGGGGUUGGGGAAAUUUGUCACUCUACUGUAACAGGUGCAAAUUGGUUGGGAACAACCAAGCUAGGUUGGCAAGGGUGGCCAACUUGGAUGGAUUGGUUGGGAAGGGACAAA